AUGACCACCGAAUGGCUCGACGAAGAGAGAGAACUACCGUUGCCAAGACAACAGAAAGGAAUCGAUCACACCCAAACAGAGCCGGUACGCGGAUAUUACGGCGUCAAGGACAUGUUCGCUUUUGAGAAUGUUGGUUUCACGAGGUCUUCAGAAGGGAAAAGAGUAUGUUCAUUGUGAUGAAGUGUUCAAAUCGUUCAUUUCUGUAAUUCAGUACUUGGUUUGUGGAGAGUGCGAGCAAGGACCAGUUGGAUUCGUAGACUCAGAAACGCAGAUGAACUAUGUUGCUCCGGCGAGGCUCGAUGUGGCACCACAAUAA